AUGCCAUUCCUGCCUCGUGGUCUAUCUAUCUUUUUAUCUAUCUUCUUAUAUUAUGAUCAUUAUAUCUAUCAUAGUCAAUUCAUUCCUAUCUAUCUAUCUAUCUAUAUUAGUCUCUUCAUAUAUUAUGAUCAUUAUAUCUAUCAUGGUCAAUUCAUUCAUAUCUAUCUAUCUAUCUAUAUAUCUAUCUAUCUAUCUAUCUUAGUCUCUUCAUAUAUUAUGAUCAUUAUAUCUAUCAUAGUCAAUUCAUUCCUAUCUAUCUAUCUAUCUAUCUAUCUAUCUUAUCAAUUCAUUCCUAUCUAUCUAUCUAUCUAUAUUAGUCUCUUCAUAUAUUAUGAUCAUUAUAUCUAUCAUGGUCAAUUCAUUCAUAUCUAUCUAUCUAUCUAUAUAUCUAUCUAUCUAUCUAUCUUAGUCUCUUCAUAUAUUAUGAUCAUUAUAUCUAUCAUAGUCAAUUCAUUCCUAUCUAUCUAUCUAUCUAUCUAUCUUAUCAAUUCAUUCCUAUCUAUCUAUCUAUCUAUCUAUCUAUCUAUCUAUCUUAGUCUCUUCAUAUAUUAUGAUCAUUAUAUCUAUCAUAGUCAAUUCAUUCCUAUCUAUCUAUCUAUCUAUCUAUCUAUCUAUCUUAUCAAUUCAUUCCUAUCUAUCUAUCUAUCUAUCUAUCUAUCUAUCUAUCUAUCUAUCUUAUCAAUUCAUUCCUAUCUAUCUAUCUAUCUAUCUAUCUUAUCAAUUCAUUCCUAUCUAUCUAUCUAUCUUAGUCUCUUCAUAUAUUAUGAUCAUUAUAUCUAUCAUAGUCAAUUCAUUCCUAUCUAUCUAUCUAUCUAUCUAUCUAUCUAUCUUAUCAAUUCAUUCCUAUCUAUCUAUUUAUCUAUCUAUCUUGGUCUCUUCAUAUAUUAUGAUCAUUAUAUCUACCAUAGUCAAUUCAUUCCUAUCUAUCUAUGUAUCUAUCUAUCUAUCUAUCUAUCUUAUCUAUUCAUUCCUAUCUAUCUAUCUAUCUAUCUAUCUAUCUAUCUAUCUUACUAUCAUAUUCUAUUCAUUCCUAUCUAUCUAUCUAUCUAUCUAUUUCUAUAUUACAAUUUUGUGGCCUACUUUUUAUGCCUAUUAAGUAUAUGGAUAUCUAAAUAUUAUAACCUGUAG